AUGUUCAUGAUCAUUCGAGAGGGAUCAGCAGCAGGGGGAGGCAGUGCUGCCGGAAUGAGCGCUCCACCAGAAAGGACCGCAAAACAGGUUCAGGCUGCCAUCAAGAAGAAGGUGGAGAAGCAGAGGAGGCAGCUUGAAAUGGGCGUGGUGGAGGCAUUCAGCAGCAGCGCUAAGCCUAAAAGACGACAGAGACAGAGUCAGACUGCACCACUCGAACAAAGGGGGGGUGAGGAUGAGGAGGAAGAUGAAGAUGCUGCAAAUGAGACGGAGGAACAGCGAGAGAAAGAGGACGCUGACCUAGUGCCCAUUGUGGACUCAGUUUUUGGUCAAGACAGGGAUCUACGGCCUGAGGAGAUUGAAGAGCUGCGGGAGGCCUUCAAAGAGUUUGACCGGAACAAAGGCUACAUCAACUGUAAGGAUCUGGGAGAGUGCAUGAGGACUAUGGGAUACAUGCCUACAGAGAUGGAGCUCAUCGAGCUAAGUCAGCAAAUCUGUGGGGGUAAAAUCGACUUUGAAGACUUUGUGGAGCUGAUGGGGCCUAAAAUGCUAGCAGAAACUGCAGACAUGAUUGGCGUCAAAGAGUUAAGAGAUGCCUUCAAAGAGUUUGACUCGAAUGGUGAUGGGCAGAUCAGUAUUAUUGAACUAAAGGAAGCCAUGAAGAAACUCCUGGGCGAACAGUUGAACCCCAGAGAGAUUGAUGAGAUCCUCCAGGACGUGGACCUCAAUGGAGAUGGCCAAGUGGACUUUGAAGAGUUUGUGAGGAUGAUGUCACGCUGACAGCUCACCACAGAUGAUCUUCACAGAAGAAUCUGUUUAAUAUAUAUAUAUAUAUAAAACUGGACGUACAUAAGUGCAGUAUUUGGUAAUGCUUUUUUUUCUAAGGCAGUGGAAGACAAAUCAGAUUUGUACAGUUUUAUUUUUCAGUUGAGGUGUAUGUAAUAAAGGACUUUGGUUAAUGUGCUUUACUAA